AUGUCUGUGAUUCUCUACGGGGCGCCCGUUUGGGUUGAGGCUUUUGCUGCAACUCAACGAGCCCAGGUGGACCUGAGGCGCAUUCAACGCCAAAUCGCGCUGAGGGUGGUGUCCGGGUACAGUACAGUGUCGUACGUGGCUGCGACCUUCUUGGCUCGGAUGCCGCCCGUUGACAUCCUGGCGGCGUCUCGUCGCCGGAUGUACGAGAGGGCUCGCGACCUUCGUCCGUACGGGUUGUGGACGUCCGAGGCGGUUGCGGAGGCCCGGGCUGCGGAGGAGCUGCUGGUCCGCCGGCAGUGGCUUCUGCAGCUCCGGCCCCCGGGAUUGCCUAGUGUUCGUGUUCGUGACGCGAUCCUGCAGGAGUUUAAUCUCUGGCUGGAUCGUCCGCAUCGUGGCGGCCUGACCUUUCAUGUUACGCAGUUGCUGACGGGCCACGGGGUGUUCGCGGAAUUUCUGAAUAAAAUAGGGAAGUAUCCAUCUCCGCAGUGUCACCACUGCGGAGACGCGCGCGAUGAUGCGCAGCACACCCUGCAGCACUGCGUGGCAUGGCGGGUGCAGCGCGAGGAGUUGGUGAGAGGGGUGGGCGGGGAUUUGUCCCUGCCGGCGGUCGUGCGGGGGAGCCUCCGCUCUCGUCGGGCCUGGUCGGCCGUGGCGAGAUUCGCCGCGGUCGUGCUGGGAUCGAAGGAGAAUGCGGAGAGGGCUCGCGAGAGGGCCGCCGACCGCUGA